AUGGAAACCGAAGCAAGCAGUUCGGAUGGUUCAACAACAAGUCCAACAUUACCGGUAGUAGUCCCUUAUGAAGUGAAUUCGAUGAUACUUUGUAGCCAUACCGAUAAUCUUUUUUAUGAAGCCAAAAUAAUCGCUGUAAAAGUGCAAGCAAAUGGCGACUACGUGUAUACCGUACAUUAUCAGGGAUGGAGUAAACGAUACGAUGAAAAUAUCCCGCACAGCAGGUCUGCAUCACGUUUCCGUCCAUUUACACCGGAAAAUAUUGAACUUGCAAAGAUUGAAAUGAAGGAGGCGAAAGCUCGAGCUGCUGAGUUGGUAAAAAAAAGAAACCACAAAAGCCAGAAAUUCGGCGUGGGCGUUCAGGCGUACAGUACACCUCGGGAUGUGAAACCACUGAUCAAUCACAGUUUCAGGGGUAGUUCAGCGGAAGGUUUAUCGAGAAGUCCAUCCACAAGUGAGGCAGUAUCAGUUCCUGAAAAGUUGAAAGCUCUGCUAGAAAAUGAUCAUCGUUUAGUUGAAAACGAGCUGAAGUUACCGCGUUUACCUUGCCGCUCGACUGUUUCAAAAAUUAUGAAAGAGUAUGUUAUGCACGUACGCAAGCUGGAUGCCGUGUGCUCAGAAGUUAAAGUGCAUAAAGGACGAGCACGUUAUUGGAAGGGUGUCGUGGCGGCGUUAGAUGAAUGUGCAGAUAACAUGAAAAGUUUUUUCGAUCUGGUUAUAGCAUCUGACAUAUUGUACCCAAACGAAAAGUUGCGUCACAAGGAUUUGACUGAGGGAACUUCACGAGUCAUUCAUUUGUACAGUAUAACAGAUCUCUUGAAUGAACCAAAGAAAGGACUUCGUGCAUCGGAAUACUAUGGAUUUAUUUAUUUGCUUCGACUACUCAUUAGGUUUCCAGAAAUGAUUGAGUUUAUGCUAUGCGACAGUGAUUCGAAAGAGAUUUUAACUGUUUUUGUCCAGUCAUUUGUUCGUUAUUUGGGGAGCAAUUCCGAGAAAUUUUUCGAUCCAGAGCUGGACUAUGAAACCGUCACUGAAGAAUACAAGCUGCGUAUCAUGCAGAGCUCUAAAAUUUAG